AUGAAAAUAUUUCGUCGAUGUCUACGUUAUCGUCUUAGUCGUUUAGGUAUUUAUUUGAUGAUAUUAUAUUUGACAAGUUUCACUGGAGCAUUUAUUUACAAUUUUGAUUGGAACACGUUUUCUGAAGAACAACUUGGAACUAAAGACAUACAAUCAUUAGAUGAAGAUAAUUUUAAUACAACAGACUUGACUUGUCAACAGCCCAAAUUAAUGAUUGAGAAUCCUGAAAUAUGGGAACAUUUAGAUCCGGUAAGAAAAUCACAACCAGAUUGUGAAAAAUCAACCAAUUGGGUUUAUGUUGAUAAUGGUACAUUUCGAUUAUCCGAACAAGCUUUGCAAAAGCAUGGACCAAUUCUAUGCGGUUAUCGUUCUAUUCUUCGAUCAAAAGAUGAUUUUUCUACAAUUGAAGGUGUUCGUUUAUUUCCUGUAGUUGAUAAAAUGGCUCUUCUAUCAAACUUUUUUCAUGCUGAUUGUCGAGGACAUGAUGGAACUUUUUAUUCAAAUAUUCAUUCAGGCAUUAUGUAUCAUGAUCAUUUACAUAUGAGACAUAUAUUGAAUCCAAUGAUUAAGACCCAUCUUGGUUAUAAUGUUUUAAUGUUUGGUUUUGAUUCUGUAUCUCGAAUGACUUUUAUGCGCUUUCUACCUAAAACUUAUACUUAUUUAAUUAAAGAGUUAGGUGGAAUCGUUUUUAAAGGUUAUAAUAUUGUUGGUGAUGGCACACCAGCAGCACUUUUACCAAUUUUAACUGGUAAAACAGAAUUAGAAUUACCUGAAGCUCGACGUGGUCAUGCUGGCGCAGAAUCAGUUGAUCGAUUUCCUUGGAUUUGGAAGAAAUUUAAAGAUAAUGGUUAUAUAACUCAAUGGACUGAAGAUUUUCAAUCACACGGUACGUUUCAAUUUCGUUUAAAAGGUUUUGAUGAAGAACCUGUUGAUUACUAUGAUCGUCCAUUUUAUCUGGUUGCUGAAUCACUGCGUACAUCAAAACCAUUAUGUUUCGGUUCUAUAACACGUUUUCAAUCAAUGCUAAAUUGGAUACGUUAUUUAUUUGAAAUGUAUCCCAAUGCACCAAAAUUUUCAUUUGCUUUUCAUAAUCAAUAUUCACAUAAUUCAAAUAAUCGCUUACCAUAUGCUGAUGAUGAAUUGGUUGAAUUUUUAAAAUUAAUGAAUAAUCGUGGUUAUUUCGAUAAUACAAUAUUUAUUUUAAUGAGUGAUCAUGGUGCUCGUUUUUCAUCGUUACGAAAAACUUAUCAAGGUAAAUUAGAAGAACGUUUACCAUUCUUAUCAAUUCAAAUGCCAAAAAAAUUUCAAGAUAACUAUCCUAAUUUAAUGUAUAAUUUACGUUUAAAUUCUCAUCGUUUAACAACACCAUUUGAUUUACAUGAAACAUUCGAACAUUUAUUUGAAUUUCAUUCACCUAAUCGAUAUCAAUCGAAGAGCAAUCGUUCAUAUAGUCUUUUUCAAUUAAUACCUCAAUAUCGUACUUGUUCACAAGCUAAUGUCGAAGAACAUUGGUGUGCAUGUUUAAAUUGGAAUAUUAUACCAAUAGAUGAACCUAUUAUACAACAAUUAGGAAAACAAUCUGUGGAAUUUCUUAAUAAUUUUAUCUCUGAUUACAAAAAUGAAUGUGUUUCUUUAAGUCUAUAUCGUAUUGAUAAAGCUAAUCAAUUAUCAGCUAAUGAACAUUUAUUAAAAUUUGUUAAUUCGAAAGAUAAAGAUGGUCGUCUACCUCGUUUUAGAAAUAAUGCAUUGGAAAGCAAUCAAAUAAAAACUUAUCAAAUACAAUUUCAAACUAUUCCUGGAUAUGCUCUAUUUGAAUUAUCUGCUCAAUAUAAUCCAUUAAAUGAUACAUUCAUUAUUAGAAAAGAAGGUUUAAGUAGAAUAAAUAAAUAUGGAGAAACAUCAGAUUGUAUUAUGUAUAAAAGACCGGAAUUUAGAGAAAUUUGUUAUUGUUCAAGUUUAUUAAAUCGAACUUACAAUUCUUAA